CCCCUGGAGCAGCCGGGCUUGGGAUUAUUCGUGCCUUUUCAUAAAGGUGUCCUGGACUUUAUCUAGCAACUAGCUGGAGGCAUCAGCUGCCCUUCGGGGCUGGCAAUCUGCUCCUCAUCUCCCCAUCGUUGCUGGUCAGGGUCACCAGUGUCCGAGGUGAGGGAAAGGACCUUCUGUGCGGGGACCGGGGGAACUGUGCAAGGAGGACUGCAGCCCUGACCCACCAUGGCUCAGGCAGCCAAGCAACUGAAAAAGAUUAAGGACAUUGAGGCGCAGGCUCUGCAGGAGCAGAAGGAGAAGGAGGAAACCAACCGCAAACGCAGGAACCGCUCCCGGGACCGAAAGAAAAAGGCUGAUGCUGCCACCAGUUUCCUCCGGGCUGCAAGAUCUGGGAACCUGGACAAAGCCUUGGACCACCUGAGGAAUGGGGUAGAUAUUAACACCUGCAACCAGAAUGGGCUGAACGCCCUGCACCUGGCCUCCAAGGAGGGCCACGUGAAAAUGGUGGCUGAGCUGCUGCACAAGGAGAUCGUUCUUGAAACUACGACCAAGAAGGGGAACACAGCUCUGCACAUCGCAGCCUUGGCUGGACAGGAGGACGUGGUCCGGGAGCUGGUGAACUAUGGGGCCAAUGUCAAUGCGCAGUCACAGAAAGGCUUCACUCCCCUGUACAUGGCGGCACAAGAGAAUCACCUGGAAGUCGUCAAGUUUCUGCUGGAGAAUGGUGCCAAUCAGAACGUGGCCACUGAGGAUGGGUUCACGCCACUGGCUGUGGCCCUGCAGCAGGGGCACGAGAACGUGGUUGCCCACCUUAUCAACUACGGGACAAAAGGAAAGGUUCGGCUGCCUGCCCUGCACAUUGCCGCCCGCAACGAUGACACCCGCACAGCUGCUGUCCUGCUGCAGAAUGACCCUAACGCUGACGUGCUCUCCAAGACUGGGUUCACCCCGUUACACAUCGCAGCUCACUACGAGAACCUCAACGUGGCCCAGCUGCUGCUGAACAGAGGAGCCAGUGUCAACUUCACGCCACAGAAUGGGAUCACCCCCCUACACAUCGCUUCCCGCCGGGGCAACGUCAUCAUGGUGCGGCUGCUGCUGGACCGCGGCGCCCAAAUUGAGACAAGGACCAAGGAUGAGCUGACACCCCUGCACUGUGCAGCCCGCAAUGGACACGUACGCAUCGCGGAGAUCCUGCUGGACCACGGGGCUCCCAUCCAAGCCAAAACCAAGAACGGGCUGUCGCCCAUCCACAUGGCAGCGCAGGGCGAUCACGUGGACUGUGUGCGGCUCCUGCUGCAGUACAAUGCUGAGAUCGAUGACAUCACACUGGACCACCUCACCCCGCUGCACGUGGCUGCCCACUGUGGGCACCAUCGUGUGGCCAAGCUCCUGCUGGACAAAGGGGCCAAGCCCAAUGCCCGUGCCCUGAAUGGCUUCACGCCCCUGCACAUCGCCUGCAAGAAGAACCACAUCCGGGUGAUGGAGCUGCUGCUGAAGACUGGGGCCUCCAUUGAUGCAGUCACAGAGUCUGGAUUGACCCCACUGCAUGUGGCUGCCUUCAUGGGACAUCUGCCAAUUGUGAAGACCCUGCUGCAGCGUGGAGCCUCCCCAAAUGUCUCCAAUGUGAAGGUGGAGACGCCCCUCCACAUGGCAGCCAGAGCUGGGCACAUGGAGGUGGCCAAGUACCUGCUGCAGAACAAGGCCAAAGUGAACGCCAAGGCCAAAGAUGACCAGACCCCGCUGCACUGCGCUGCCCGCAUCGGCCACACAGGCAUGGUGCAGCUGCUGCUGGAGAAUCAUGCCGACCCCAACCUGGCCACCACAGCAGGGCACACACCUCUGCACAUCGCUGCACGGGAGGGGCACGUGGACACCGCCCUGGCCCUGCUGAAUACAGGUGCCUCACAGGUCUGCAUGACCAAGAAAGGAUUUACCCCUCUGCACGUUGCAGCCAAGUACGGGAAGGUGGAUGUAGCCGAGGUGCUGCUGGAGCAUAAUGCUGCCCCCAAUGCAGCGGGGAAGAAUGGCCUGACACCCCUGCACGUGGCCGUGUACCACAACAACCUGGAGAUCGUCAAGCUGUUGCUGCCCAAAGGCGGGUCCCCACACAGCUCGGCCUGGCAGAAUGGCUACACCCCGCUGCACAUUGCAGCCAAGCAGAACCAGCUGGAGGUGGCCGGCAGCCUGCUGCAAUAUGGUGCCUCUGCCAACGCCGAGUCUGCGCAGGGUGUGACACCCCUGCACCUGGCUGCUCAGGAGGGCCAUGCCGACAUGGUGGCCCUGCUCAUCUCCAAGCAGGCCAACAGCAAUCUGGGCAGCAAGAGUGGCCUCACCCCACUGCACCUGGUGGCCCAGGAGGGGCACGUGCCAGUUGCUGAUGUCCUGAUCAAGCAUGGAGUCACGGUGGAUGCAACAACCCGGAUGGGCUACACACCACUGCACGUGGCCAGCCACUACGGGAACAUCAAGCUGGUGAAAUUACUGCUGCAGCACCAAGCCGAGGUCAACGCCAAGACCAAACUGGGGUACACACCCCUACAUCAGGCAGCCCAGCAGGGCCACACGGACAUUGUGACACUGCUGCUGAAGCAUGGCGCCUCCCCCAACGAGGUCAGCACGAAUGGCACCACACCCCUGGCCAUCGCCAAGCGGCUCGGCUACAUCUCCGUCACAGACGUGCUGAAAAUCGUCACGGAGGAAACCAGCAUCCCAAUGAUCGGCGACAAGCACCGCAUGAGCUUCCCUGAAACCGUGGAUGAAAUCUUGGAUGUGUCUGAGGAUGAAGGCACUGCUCAUGUCACUCUAAUGGGAGAGGAGCCGGUUGGAUCCAAACUGGAGAAGCCACAGACCAGGGAGCAGGAAGAGGAGUUCAUGCCCAAGCUGGACCACACGGUGGAGUCCCCUGCCAUCCCGCGGAUCCCCUGUGUCACGCCUGAGACAGUGGUGAUCAAGCCGGAGGAGCCUGAGCAGCCAUCCAAGGAGUUUGAUGAGGAUUCACUUAUCCCCAGCAGCCCGGCCACAGAGACCUCAGACAACAUCAGCCCAGUGGCCAGCCCCGUGCACACAGGGUUCCUGGUGAGCUUCAUGGUGGAUGCCCGGGGCGGGUCCAUGCGGGGCAGCCGGCACAAUGGGCUGCGGGUGAUUGUCCCCCCACGCACUUGCGCCGCCCCCACCCGCAUCACCUGCCGCCUGGUCAAGCCCCAGAAGCUGACAACGCCACCUCCCCUAGCCGAAGAGGAGGGUCUGGCUAGCAGGAUCAUCGCCCUGGGCCCUGCUGGUGCCCAGUUCCUCAGCCCUGUGAUCGUGGAGAUCCCACACUUUGCCUCCUACGGGCGGGGUGACCGGGAGCUGGUCGUGCUGCGCAGCGAGAACGGCUCUGUGUGGAAGGAGCAUCGCAACCGGUAUGAUGAGCGCUACCUGGAGCAGGUGCUCAGCGGCAUGGACGAGGAGCUGGACAGCCGGGAGGAGCUGGAGAAGAAGCGGAUCUGCCGCAUCAUCACCACAGAUUUCCCCCUCUACUUCGUGGUCAUGUCCCGCAUCUGCCAGGACUGUGACCUGAUUGGCUCCGAGGGCGGCAGCCUGCGAAGCACACUGGUGCCCAUGGUGCAGGCCACCUUCCCCGAGACCGCCGUCACCAAGAAGGUUAAGCUGGCCUUGCAGGCGCAGCCGGUGCCAGAUGAGCUGGUGACCAAGCUGCUGGGGAACCAGGCGACUUUCAGCCCCAUCGUGACAGUGGAACCGCGGCGUAGGAAGUUCCACCGGCCUAUCGGCCUGCGCAUCCCACUGCCACCGUCCUGGAAGGACAGCCCCCGGGACAGUGGUGAGGGUGACACCACCAGCCUGCGCCUGCUCUGCAGUGUCAUCGGAGGAACAGCCCAAGCACAGUGGGAGGACAUUACGGGCACUACCAAGCUGGUCUACACCAAUGAGUGUGCCAACUUCACUACCAACGUCUCAGCCAGGUUCUGGCUGGCAGACUGCCCGCGGACGGCCGAGGCGGUGCACUUUGCCACGCUGCUGUACAAGGAGCUGGCAGCUGUGCCCUAUAUGGCCAAGUUCGUGGUGUUCGCCAAGAUGAACGAUGCCCGUGAGGGCCGGCUGCGCUGCUACUGCAUGACGGAUGACAAGGUGGACAAGACGCUGGAGCAGCACGAGAAUUUCACUGAGGUGGCCCGGAGCCGUGACAUUGAGGUGUUGGAGGGGAUGCCCCUGCAUGCUGAGCUCUCGGGGAACCUGGUGCCAGUCAAGAAGGCGACGCAGCAGCGCAGCUUCCUCUUCCAGUCUUUCCGGGAGAACCGGCUGGCCCUGCCUGUCAAGGUGCGGGACAGCAGCCGGGAAGCAAGCGGCUCGCUCUCGUUCCUGCGCAAGGCCAUGAAGUAUGAAGACCUGCAGCACACGCUUUGCCACCUCAACAUCACCAUGCCACCCUGCACCAAGGGGACAGGCAGUGAGGAGCGGAGGAGGACGCUGACGCCACUGGCCCUGCGGGAGAGAUACAGCAUCCUCAGCGAGAGCAGUCUGGGCUCUCUGAGUGGCAUGGACAAGGCAGACCUGAAGAUGGCCAUCAUCUCUGAGCACCUUGGCCUCAGCUGGGCAGAGUUGGCACGAGAGCUGCACUUCGGGGUGGAAGACAUCAACCGAAUCCGGGUGGAGAACCCCAACUCACUGCUGGAGCAGAGCGCAGCCCUGCUCAACCUGUGGGCAAAUCGUGAGGGCAAGAAUGCCAAGGUGGAGAGCCUAUACACGGCCCUGAGGAAUAUCGACCGCAGUGAGAUUGUCAACAUGCUGGAAGGCUCUGGGUGGCAUAGCCGUGGCCUGAAGUGUGACCGGCGCUACACCGACAGGGACUAUUCCCUCUCACCCUCCCAGAUGAAUGGUUACGCUUCGCUGCCGGACGAGCUGCUCUCGCCCGCCUCCCUGCAUUACGCGCUGCCGUCCCCUCUGCGUGCCGACCAGUACUGGAAUGAGGUGGCCAUCCUGGAUGCCAUCCCCAUGGCCGCCACCGAGCCGGAUGCGCUCCUGGAGAUGUCCGACAUGCAGGUGUGGUCCUCGGGGCUCACGCCCUCGCUGGUCACGGCCGAGGACUCCUCGCUGGAGUGCAGCAAGGCCGAGGACUCGGACGCCACGAGCGAUGGCCGCCUCACGGGGCAGCCCCCAGAGGACAUGCCUGGCCCCGACCACCUGGGCUCCAUGGACCUGGUGGAGGAUGACACAGUGGACUCAGAUGCCAUGAAUGGCCUCAUUGACCUGCUGGAGCAAGAGGAGGGGCAGAGGUUGGAGGCGAGGAGGCCUGACGGGGCAUGCCCAGCAGGGCCACAGGGCACAGAGAGUGAAGACUGUGUUGUUUCAGGCCAGCAGCGGGUGCAGGCCCGGAUCACCGAGUCGCCCAGUGUGAGCCGUGUCAUCGAGAGGAGCGUGGACAGGCUGCGGGACUGGAAUGCAGAGGGCUCCUUUGUCUCCCGCCUACAGGACUUGCCCGAGGGCUCCUGGCAGGAGGGGGUGGCCCGGAGUGCCCACCUGCUGAAUGUGAUGGGGCCUGGCUCAGCCUCUGGGGCCUGGAGCCAGGACCAGGGCACGGUCCUGAUGCCGCCUGCUGAGCGGAUGCGAAUCGACUCCGGAGAGGAGAGCGACUCCCGGCCACCGCCCUUGCACAGCCAGACCUUCAGCUCAUGGCUGGAGGAGGCAGACAGCAGCUUCUUCGGGCAGACAAGGGGCAACGAAGUGCAGGACAUCCCCGGGGAGCAGGUGACCGAGGAGCAGUUCACAGAUGAGCAGGGCAACAUAGUCACCAAGAAGAUCAUCCGGAAGGUGGUGCGGCGGCUGGGCCCAGAUGAGGAGGACGACGGGCGAGCGCGCGAGGAGGUGAUCCUGGAGGGCUCCCUGCAGGAGGCCCAGGAGCUGGAGGCCGAGGCUGAACACUUCAUGAAGUAUGGCCUGCUGCAGCACGACAGCCUGGGCAGCCAGGAGGAGGUACACGGGCGCGGCCUGAAUGCGGAGCUUGUCGGGGGCAGGAUGGGGGCUCACAUAGUGAAACGCGCCAGCCUGAAGCGGGGGAAGCAGUGACCCCGAGUGGCCUCUGUCGAGGACCUCACCUCAACACCAACCCACUGAUCUGCACACGCGUCCUGACCCCCACAAGGAGAGGCAAGAGCCGAGCGCCGGCGGGAGCGGGGCCGGCCGUACGUGUUUCUAUAGGCUACCGGCAUGAUUUCUGUACGAGACUUACUUACCGUCCUAUUCGCAUGAUUGACUGAUGCAGACGCAUGAGCUACAGUACGUACUACCGACUGGGGGCCCUGCACGGCCAGGAACCCAGGAGACCGGUCCUGGGGCCUCCCGGCCCCACCGGGGAGGUGUGGGCCAGGCCGGUGGCAGGUACCGUGGGCAGGGUGGAGACGGCACCACGGCCAAGCCCCGUGGGGUGUCUGCAGAUACACGGAGCCGCCCACGGCCAGGCAGCCCCCACUCGUCUCCCUGGCCUCUCUGCCAGCCUCGCCAUCUCACCCCUCCCUGUGAGUGCUGCGGGCGCGGGGAGCACGCCUCAUGCCAGGAGGGGCAGGCAGAGAGGGCCAGGCUGCAGCAGCCGCCCAGUGUGGGUAGGUGGGCGAGCCCCCAAGUGAGGGGAGGGCACUGGGCCGAGGGCCAAGCCCGCUGCUUGUGUUGAAAGUGUAAACUGUACAGUACUCAGCCUUGUGUAUAUGAACAAUAAAUACUAUGCAAACCCGGGAUGCUCCCGCCAUGUGUACGGAGCACCAACAGCUCGGCCCUCGGCCAGUGGCAGGGCAGGGCGGCUUGUGAGCCCACAGCUCCAGCCCACGGGGCCCUGCAGGAGUGGCCAGGCACAGGCCCGCUGCCCAUGUGCCCCUGCUCACUCCCUGCCACCCACGCAGGGGCAGGGGCGCUGGCUGCCUCCCACCUCUGUCAGCCCCCACCGUGGGUGGUGCCGACCCACCCAGCACAAUGUCAGCUCAGAGGCAGGAGGGGUCAUGGUGCUGCAGCCCUCCCCUCUGCGCCGGCCCCCGUUGGCCUUCUCAGGCGGGCGGCCACACUAGCACAGCCCAGCAAACGCUGACCCUUGCAGGACCAAGCCCCGUGCCCCGGCACAGCAGCGUUUCCCAGGGGCCUGCCCCUGCAUAUCCCCAUGGGAUGGUAAAGCCACUGCCCCACCCUGGCCCCAGCCCAGCUGUCCCUGCCUGUAUCCAGCCUGGCAGGAGCCGGGGCAGAUGCAGAGACCUGGGCUAUUUUAAGGCAUUUAGUAGAUGGAGUCUGCUGUGAUACAUGACCCCAGCUGGCAGGUCACAGGCAGGGGCAGUGGCUGCUACCUUCCCUGCCCCCAUGUCCUUCACCCGCCCCCAGGCACAGGGAUCCCGGCCUGCAGGGAUCCCCAACUCUGCUCCUUCCUGGGGGCUGAUGCGGCCCUGGCAGCCACAUACAGCCCACACGCCAUUGCUGUCACGGACCGUGAGGCAUCAGGCAGGGAACCCCCUGCCCCUGCUGCCGGCGGAGGUGUCAGUGCAGGGAAGUGAGCGGGCAGGGCUUGGCCUUGGGGAGCGCCGCGUGCACAGCCAGGGCCGCAGUACGUCCAUCCUCCCCCUCCUUCUGCAGCAUAGUUGCCCCACCCCGCCAAGGCCGCCGGCAGCCCCGUAGUGUAGUGUGGGUCCCGCGCUUCGGCCUCGCGUGCUCGUAGGGCAUGUGCUCGCCGCUCGCAUCGCUGGCAGGGCCGCAGGGGCCGCGCUGGCCUGACCCCUAGGGCAUGCCGCCACCGCCCGCGCACUAGACGCUUUUUAGACAUUUUACAGUUCUGUUAACUUCCUUUUUUAUUGUUAUGGGAACGAGCCUCGGGGACCCUGUCCCCGGCGCAGCCCCGAUGUAUAGACCAUUCCCUGUACACCAGCUACCGACUAUGACUUAAUAAAGAAACAACACCGCUCUG